AUGAGCGGCGCAGCUCUGGGACUCGAGAUCGUUUUUGUUUUUUUCCUGGCGUUGUUCCUGCUGCAUCGAUAUGGAGACUUUAAGAAACAGCACAGGCUUGUAAUUGUCGGGACGCUGCUAGCUUGGUACCUCUGCUUUCUCAUUGUCUUCAUCCUGCCUCUGGACGUUAGCACGACAAUAUACAACCGAUGCAAGCAUGCUGCUGCCAACUCAAGCCCUCCCGAGCACAGCAACAUUACCGGCUUGUUGGCAACCGCCACCCCAGCUCCCAGUCCUCAUCCGUGUUUCAAGCCAUGGAGUUACAUUCCUGAUGGAAUCAUGCCAAUUUUCUGGAGGGUAGUAUACUGGACAUCACAGUUUUUAACAUGGAUCCUCUUGCCUUUUAUGCAGUCAUAUGCAAGAUCAGGAGGGUUCUCCAUCACUGGAAAGAUCAAAACCGCACUGAUUGAGAACGCAAUCUAUUAUGGCACAUACUUGCUCAUUUUUGGAGCAUUUCUAAUUUAUGUAGCUGUAAACCCACGUCUGCACUUAGAAUGGAACCAGCUUCAGACGAUUGGGAUCGCUGCUGCAAACACAUGGGGUCUAUUUCUUCUCGUGUUACUGUUGGGGUAUGGCUUGGUGGAAAUCCCUCGGUCAUACUGGAAUGGAGCAAAAAGAGGUUAUCUGCUUAUGAAAACUUACUUUAAGGCAGCCAAAUUGAUGACAGAGAAAGCAGAUGCAGAAGAGACUUUAGAAGAUGUCAUGGAGGAGGUUCGUAAAGUGAAUGAAAGCAUCAAGUAUAACCACCCAUUGAGAAAAUGUGUUGACACAAUACUUAAAAAGUGCCCUACAGAGUAUCAGGAAAAAAUGGGUAGGAACAUGGAUGAUUAUGAAGAUUUUGAUGAAAAGCAGAAUGCCUAUCCAAGCGAAAAAAGUCUGGUGAAAUUACAUAAACAGGUUAUUUACUCAGUUCAGAGGCACCGUCGAACUCAAGUACAAUGGCAGAUCCUACUGGAACAAGCAUUUUACCUAGAAGAUGUAGCAAAAAAUGAAACUAGUGCUACUCAUCAGUUUGUUCACACUUUCCAAUCGCCAGAACCGGAAAAUAGAUUUGUCCAAUAUUUUUAUAGCCCUACAGUUGAGUGGUACUGGGAGUGUCUCCUGCGACCGUGGUUUUACCGAAUCCUGGCUGUGGUUCUGUCCAUCUUCUCGGUGAUCGUCGUGUGGUCGGAGUGCACUUUCUUCAGCACCACCCCUGUCCUGUCCCUCUUCGCAGUCUUCAUACAGCUGGCUGAGAAGACAUACAAUUACAUUUACAUCGAGAUUGCUUGCUUCCUUUCCAUCUUCUUCCUAAGUAUCUGUGUUUAUUCUACUGUGUUCAGGAUUCGUGUGUUUAACUACUAUUACCUGGCUUCACACCACCAGACCGAUGCGUACAGCCUUCUUUUCAGUGGCAUGUUAUUUUGCCGUUUGACUCCUCCUUUAUGUCUUAAUUUCUUGGGCUUGACCCACAUGGAUUCCUCCAUCUCUCACCAGAAUACGCAACCAACUGCUUAUACCUCUAUUAUGGGUUCCAUGAAAGUUUUAUCCUUCAUUGCAGAUGGAUUCUAUAUAUAUUAUCCUAUGCUGGUGGUCAUUCUCUGCAUUGCUACUUAUUUUAGUUUGGGAACUCGUUGUUUGAAUCUACUUGGUUUCCAGCAGUUCAUGGGAGAUAAUGAUAUGACCUCAGACUUAGUUGACGAAGGAAAAGAAUUAAUCAGGCGAGAGAAGAGAAAAAGGCAAAGGCAAGAAGAAGGUGAAAACCGAAGAAGAGAAUGGAAAGAACGAUAUGGGCACAAUAGAGAAGAUUCCACUAGAAACAGAAAUGUUCAUAUUGAUCCAAAAGAGUCAAAUUUUUCAGAAAUGAGUACGACCCGACCAGCAUCUAAAUAUACGAGGGCCAAUAAUAGGACGGAGAGGGACCGCAUAGAACUCUUACAAGAUGUAGAACCUUUGGAUUUUAAUGCAGAAGCAUUUACUGAUGAUCCUCUCGAAGCUGAAUCAGGAAGGUAUCAGCCUGGUGGACGAUACCUCUCGAUGUCUCGCAGCAGAAUAUUUGAUGAUGUUUGA